AUGGGCAUCAGAUACGCAAACGCAUCACAAACGAGCUGGCGAAAGCAGCAGCGCCGACGCUUCGCGCAUGGAAGCCCUCUUUGGCAUGCCUCCGGCAACGUCAAGACCGUGCUUUACCACGCAAGGCGGAAAGAACAAGGACUGGAAGAAGCGCAUGCGACGCCAGCAAGUAGCUCCACAGCACCACAGCACCAGCGGGGGAAGAAGGCAGGUACGCCCAGGAGGCUUUUCCCUGAGGACGAGGAAGUCCUGAGGGAGCUCGUCUACGAGCACUGCACGAUGACCGCAGACCAGCUUGCAGACCACAUGAACCUUGAAAAGCUCCGCCGAAUCAUGAUCAGCCUGGAGGAGCAGCUGCCCGCAGAGCAACGGUUGCGGGACGAGGAGAAGGUCUUCCUUGGGCCACUAGACCGUGACAAGUGCCUUGAGAACCCUGCGGUGAAGGAGGUGUAUGACAAGACGCACAUUGAAGGCACCCGCAGCGUGUAUCGCGCGCUGAAGCGAAACAUCUUCACCCUAAAGCGAGUGGUUCCAGCUCGAACGACAAUGAACAGCGAGGCUAACAAGCAGAAGCGGCUGGCGUUUGCAAAGGAGCUGCACGACCUGCUCCUGGACGACAACGUGUACAUCGUCUACAUCGACGAGAUGCCGUUUUACCUCGCGAGCGGCAGAAACUAUGGAUGGGCGCCGCGUGGUGAUCGCGCCGUGCACGAGGUGCUGCCCAUGAGUACCAUGUCCUAUCGCACACAAGUGGCUAUGGCAGUCUCGCACAUGCACGGGCUUCUUUACGGCAAGCUCUACCCACCAGAGAUGCAAAACACCGGCGGAGAUGGGCAGAAGAAGACCAAGAAGGCCCUCAAGGCCAGCUACACGCAGGACCACUUCAAAGACUUCCUCAACAACCUUCUCCACACCCUCUGGCACAAGCGCCAAAACCUUCAACUCAGUGGAACAAAAAUCGUGUUUCUCAUCGACAGCGCGCCCGAGCACGGAAAGCGAGCGACGGAGGCUGCCACGCAGAUGCUGCAGGCCUGCGACAGCUUCCACCUAUGGCAUGAGUGGAUUGCGACCGGUCGGUGCAGCAUGACCGUCAAGUUUAUUUCCCCCGUAUCGCCCACGCUGAAUUUGACUGAGUUCUACAACAGAUCGUUGCGGCAGAGGGCGAAUCACCUCCGCAAGACCCCAGACUUCAUUGGCAAGCUGGAGUCCAAAGACAUUCCGCGAGGGCAGGUGCAGAAGACGCGUGUGAAGGUGCUGUGCGACAUCAUCAAGCGGGCAAUGGCUGAUCUGCAGCGCACUGCUCUCAAGCGGGCAAGCGAGGCGAGAAUGCUGGAGGAAGUUCUUCACGUCAUUCAGCUCAACGGGUUUCUCGACAAGCACUGGCGACCAGUGCAGCUGAGAAACAACAAGGCUCAUUCAACAGAGCUUGCCGACAGCAUGGAUGGUGAUGGUGGUGAUGAUGAUGAUGGUGAUGAUGAUGAUGAUGAUAACGGGCACCCCACCGACGUUGAUGUUGCUCAAGAGGAUCACUCUGCCAAUGACGACGACCAAGACGACGAUGAUGCCGAUGAUGAAUGACACACACACACACACACACACACACACACACACACA